AUGGCGCAGGCGUCCAUGACGCGUGAGGCGUGUGCCACGCUCUGCUACCCCUUAAACUUUUCCCCUCAAGCGCCGUGGAGUACGGCUACCAAUGUUUUUGCGGCACCCAAGCUGAAUUCCCCCGCGCAGUUUCGGCGCCUUCCUCCGACUGCAACGAGCCGUGCACGGGAGCGUCCACCGAGAGCGACGAAGGAGUUGCCGGUCUGCAACUCGAGUCUGUCCAUCUGUGCCCGCCUCGACGACCUCAUUGGACGCCUCAGUCUUCAGGAGAAGGCCGGUCUCAUUGGCCCUGAUCCCGUCACCAGCCCAUGCGCUGUUGUUGACUAUGGCGUCAAGAGGCUCGACAUCCCGCCGUGUCUGCAUCUGGCGGAGAUGAACACGGCCGUUGGCUCUGCGUGCAUCAUUAGCCAGGACAAGUGUGCCACGACGUUCAUUGAGGCCCACAGGUCUUGGCGCAGCCUUCAACCGCUGCUUGCCAUAUCCACGGAGAUGCGCACCUUCAACAAUCUCAACUGGCACAGGGGCGGUGGCGUCUUGCAGAAGAUCGGACUCACAGACCCCUUCUUGAGCGGCGAGUACGCUGCUGCUUACGUGGCGGGCUGCCAGGAUGGCCCAGACAAGAAGUACAAGAAAAUGGCAGCAGGUCUCAGGCACGUUGACGCGCACUCAGUCGAGACAAACCGCAUGGCAUUCAACGGGAACAUCUCCACCUUUGACCUCUGGGACACCGAGGUGUGCAUGUCGCGGGCACUCGCUGCCAUGUGCUCGUACGCCAGCAUCAACGGCGUGCCCUCGUGUGCGAACAGCAUACUGCUCAACGACGUCGUGCGCGGGCAGUGGAAGCCUGUCGCGAAAACGCUGAACGGCGGCGCGGAUAUGGAACUCUGGGAAACAUGCUUCACCACAAACGGUAACUUGGAGCAGACUGUAAAGCACAACCGCACGACAAUCGACACGGUGCACAACAACACCGUGCGGCGGGUCCUCAAGGAUAGCUUCAUCACGAGCCAAUGGCAUCGAGGAGUGCACCACCUUUACACUCUCACCUCCAGUAACGGCCCCUGCAUCAGCGAGUAUCCCGAUGGUGAGUAUGAGCUCGGCAACGGUCGUGCAUUACCCCAUUGCCCUCUCAACUACUACGCCAAGGACCACGGCUGUGUGCCAUGUACCACGUGUGGCAUGGGCACCUGGGCCUCCACCCCCAUGCUCCGCGUCCUCCGACGCCGUCUGCUCUCCCUGGACGGAGUGCAAGCCGGGCCAGAAGAAGUCUGUCUCUGGCAACGCCUACCAGCCGCUGCCGGACCACACUUCGUGCUUCCCACCAGCAUGUGCGAGGAGCCCUUCAUCGAGACCAUCCCGCCCACGCUCACCACGGACCGCAUGUGCUCCUGUGACACGCUCGCCUGCAACAAGCUCAUCACGCAACUGUUUGAGGAGAUGGUGUGCGCCUGGCCCACGGACGAGCAGCUCGACGUGGUGCUUGACGUGUGCUGCUCCGGCCCGGGCGAGGAUGGCAUCCACGCCACCAUUCGCCAGAUGGACGCCUACGCGGCACGCCGCUCCUGCCCAGGCUGCACAGACACGUGCGAGUGCAGCGCUGGCUUCAUCCUUGUCUACGACGCCGACUCAGCCGACUGUCGGCCAUGCGACGGCGUGACGGAGUUCUCCCCAUCCGUUGGCGGCAGCAAGUACGAGCCCAUUGAGGAGUGCGAGCUCGGCCAGGAAGAGGUCGCCGCGCCAACCCGCUCCUCGGACCGCGUGUGCCACGACUGCUCGGCCCGCACCAUCGACUUGGACAGCGACGGUUCCACGGCUUCACCUGCCGCGCAGGCACCCACGACCACGACAGCGACCCUGCCACCCACCCCGUUCCACGAUGUCACAGAGUGCGCGCCCGGGUUUGAGGAGGUGCAGGCCAUGACCCUCCUCAUCAGCGACCGUGUCUGCGACGAGUGUCCUGGAGGGCACGUACAAGGCUGUCUCUGGCCAGGGCGUGCUCGCUUUCCCAUCACCACGUGCGACGCCGGCGAGGAGGAGACGGCCAAGCCCACCCCCUACCAGCGACCUGCGUGUGCAGCCAGUGCGAGCUUAGCGCCACCUUCAAGCCCGUCGACCGCCAGGCCGAGUCAUGCUGCCCCGUCACGCAGUGCGCACGACCGCCUCUGCCGCAAGUGCGUCCAGGACACGUGCGUGCCCGUGUCGUCUUACGCUGCCUGGGGGUACAUUUCCACGCUCGACCGUGAGCAGGUGCAAGUUUUGCACCUUCCAGAAGCCAGGCGCCUACGCUCGACUCUGACCGCGAGUGCACGGCAGGAGGUGGUCGGGGCGCUGGUGGCGCACAUUGGCACGGGGCAGGCACAGGAGGUGGACGCAGCCAUACCACCCGAAGCUGCUGCACCCGUUCGCGUGCUAAUGCUGAACGGCAUCCUGGACUGCCUGAGCAACCUGCACUUCAUCCACAUCUGGCAGCUCUUCCGUGUCCUGACCACGCUCACGUUUGACCGCCAGCGCAUCCCCGCCGCAGGCCUCAUUGACCACGAGAAGGAGGAUGGUCUGUCUCAAUCGAAUGAUGAGCUGAAACGCAUCGGCACCAUCGCCGCCACCACCAUCACCCACACCUGGCUCGCUCUUGCCAACGACGCAGGCAUCUCCAUCGACGCCAGCAUGCUCCGUUGCCACAACGUCUCCACAUCCACGCCCAGUCAUUUGUCCGUCUGUCGUGGCGUCGUUUCCUCCCCCCACCGCCAGCUCCAGCAGCUACCAAGAGCAAGCACGUCUGUCGGGAUGCGUCGCUCGCCGACCCCGACGUACCCGUGUGUUGGCCGCCGAGACCCCCAAGCGCACGUUCCAGCACGACAACACCGUCAACACGAUUGUGGUUUGCGCGGACGGACGGGUGUGCCCCACACGCGGGAGACGUGCUCUAACUUCUCGCCUGAGUACACGCGCGCGCGCGAGGUGGACAAGGACACGCACAUGGUCGUCAGCGAGAAGACGCUGCAGGCGCCGUUCGAGACGAAGCUGCAGCUGCUGGCGGGGAUUGCCGCCGAGUUUUCCGGCAUGAUGCGCAGCCAGACCGACGAGGAGACAAGACUGCGGGAGCACGCUGCCGGGACGCGGACGUCUUCUUGUUCCUGA